GGAGAUGAAAAGACAAUAUUCAUAUAAGAGAAAACACCAAGGUAAGCAACACACUACAAAGUUGUCAAAAGACUACGAUUACAUUAAUCCAAAACCCUUUGUUUCCUUCCUCAUUAAGACAAGUCUAGGCCCCCUUCCUUCUCUUUAUGUGUUUCCUUUUCCUUGUAAUCACCACAUGCACAUGUCAGUCUCAAAUUAUAUAUUCUAAUCAUUUUUGUACGCACCUGCAGAGACUAAUUCAUCUGAUAAAUAAGUUGUGUAUGAAUGCAGAGACUAAUUCAUCUGGUCGAAUAGGACUACAAUAGACGACAAAACUCUGACUCAUCACAAAGUUUCAAAAGUUUUCCAUGCACCUAUCCUUUUAAGGCCACCACAUAUCUCAUAUUCACAUCUUUCAUCAUGGCACUAACCAAGAACCAAUUCAACAACCUUGGAUAUCAAGCUCUCCCACCUAUCAUAACUCAAGAUAAUACACUUCAUCAUCACCCUCCACAGCCUGUUUCACCCUAUGCUUUUCCCAUUUUUGCCAUUGUUGUUCUCAGCAUCAUUGCUACCAUUCUGUUACUCCUCAGCUACAUCACUUUUCUAACCAAAUUCUGCUCAAACUGGAACCAAGUUAACCCAACAAGAUGGAUUUCGGUCCUCCGAGCUCGACGGAACGACGAAGAUCACUUCAUCGCAUUGUCUCCUACACCAUGGAACCGGGGAUUAGACGAAUCUGUCAUCAGAGAUAUCCCAUCUUUUCAGUUUAUAAAAGGUGAAUGUGAAGAUCAAACUGUAUAUGGCUGUGUGGUUUGUUUGACUGAGUUUCAAGAACAAGAUGUGAUAAAAAUCCUACCAAAUUGUAACCAUGCUUUUCACUUGGAUUGCAUUGAUAUUUGGCUUCAAACAAACUCUAACUGUCCUCUUUGUAGAUCAAGCAUUUCAGGCAAUACAGCAAGUACUCCAUUUGAUAUUAUCAUAGCUCCAAGCUCUUCUCCUCAGAAUUCUUCUUCUCAGUUACUCUCAAACUUAUCAAGUGAUGAAGAUUUUGUUGUCAUUGAAUUAGGUGGAGAAGAAAAUGAGGUUCAUGACUCAAGAAGAAGCAUAGGACAUAGUAGAAACUAUCACUCUACAAGGGAAAUGAAACCAAAGUGUCCUUAUGUGUCCAUCAUGGGAGAUGAGUGUGUUGAUAUGAUCAGAAAGAAAGAUGAGUUGUUUUCGAUUCAGCCGAUUCGGAGAUCUUUCUCGUUGGAUUCUGCAUAUGAUAGACAAAUGUUCAUGGAUGUUCAAGCCAUUAUACAACAAAAUGAGGCUAGUGCAAGUGAGGAUUGUAGUAGCAGAAGUAAAAGAGCAUUCUUUCCAUUUUGUUAUUAUGGAAAAGGGUCCAAAAAUGUAAUCAUUCCAUUUGGAGAAUGAUGUUUAAUUCAAGAUGAUUUUCCAUUUUUUUUCA